UCCCAUCUCUGGCCUCGGGGUCGGGGCCUCUCUGGGUCCCCGGCCCCCAAGCAGACCAGGCCCAGGAGUGGAUCCUGGACUUCGGCUCCACUUUUUGGCAGAAGCCCGGGCUCGAAGCCCAGCGAGGGUGGGGAGGAAGCAGAGUUGUGAAGGACUUUUUGCUUAUUUAUUUACUGAGCGAGAUUGAGCGAGAAAGCCACUGGCAGGAGGGCAGGGCCAUCUGGGGAAAUAGCCAGCCAAUGGCUGACCAAGGCUCGGGGCCCGUAGGGCAGGGCGGGUGAGGGGUCAAGAGAGGACUCAACGUGGCUACUCCAAGCCCAGAGUGGCCACCUUUUCAUUUGCCGGACAGAAGGGACCCGAGCCCUGCUCUCCCCGAGGAGAUCAUGGCCAGGAGAAUCGCCAUCAUCGGAGCCGGGGUCAGCGGGCUCAGCUCCAUCAAAUGCUGCCUGGAAGAGGGUCUAGAGCCCAUCUGCUUCGAGAGGACCCAGGAUAUCGGGGGGCUCUGGAGAUUCGAGGAGGAGCCCGAGGAUGAGAGGGCCAGUAUCUACAGGUCAGUGAUCAUCAACACGUCCAAGGAGAUGAUGUGCUUCAGCGACUACCCUAUCCCCGAGGACUUCCCCAACUACAUGCACAACUCCAAGAUCAUGGACUACUUCAGGAUGUAUGCUAAGGCCUUCGACCUCCUCAAACACAUCCGCUUCCAGACCACCGUGUGCAGCAUCAAGAAGCGGCCGGACUUCUCCACCUCGGGCCAGUGGGACGUGGUCACCGAGUCAGCCGGAAAGCAGGAGUCAAGUGUCUUUGACGGGAUCAUGGUGUGCAGUGGCCACCACACCUUCCCCCACAUGCCCCUGGAGUGUUUCCCUGGCAUCGAGCGCUUCAGAGGCCGGUACCUCCACAGCCGCGAUUACAAGAGCCCGCAGACCUUUGCGGAGCAGAGGGUCGUCGUGAUCGGCCUGGGGAACUCCGGCGGGGACCUGGCAGUGGAGAUCAGCCAGACUGCCAAGCAGGUCUUCUUGAGCACCAGACGGGGCGGGUGGAUCAUGAACCGGGUUGGAGACAAUGGCUACCCCAUAGAUGUUCUUUUAAAUACCCGCUUCAACUUGGCCAUCAAGCAGCUCUUAACCCUCUCCAUACUCAACUUGUGGCUGGAGAAGAGGAUGAACGCAAGGUUCAACCACGAAAUGUACGGACUGAAGCCCAGACACAGAGCUCUGAGUCAGCAUCCGACGAUCAACGACGACCUGCCCAAUCGCAUCAUCUCCGGCCGAGUCCUGGUCAAGGCCAACGUGACGGGGUUCACGGAGACGGCCGUGCUCUUUGAGGACGGCACCAGAGAGGAGGACAUUGAUGCGGUCAUCUUUGCCACCGGCUAUAGCUUCGCCUUCCCCUUUUUGGAGGACUCGAUCCGAGUGGUCAAGAACAAGGUCUGCUUGUAUCACCACGUCUUCCCCCCGCAGUUGGAGAAGCCCACGCUGGCUUUCAUCGGCCUCGUCCAACCGCUGGGAGCCAUCAUGCCCAUUUCCGAACUCCAGGGCCGCUGGGCCACCCAGGUGUUCCAGGGGCUGAAGAAGCUGCCCACUGAGAGUGAGAUGCAGGCAGAGAUCACCAAGACCAGAAUGAAGAUGGAACACAGGUACGUGGAGAGCCAACGCCACACUAUCCAGGUGGAUUACAUGGAGUACAUGGAGGAGCUGGCUGACCUGGUGGGCGUGAGACCUCGGCUGCUGAGCCUGGCCCUCACUGACCCCAGGCUGGCCUUCGAGAUGUACUUCGGGCCCUGCACCCCGCUCCAAUACCGCCUACAGGGGCGGGGAAAAUGGGAGGGGGCUCGUCCGGCCAUCUUGGCUCAGAGGAAGAGAAUCAUCAAGCCCCUCCAAACCAGGAGCCUCAAACCCGAUGGGCCCAGCACCUCAGCUGUGAUCCUGCUCAAGGUGGGGCUGGCUGUGGCCAUCUUGGCCUUCAUCCUGGUGUACGUGUAGCCAGCCCGGGCCGGGCGGUAGGGGAGAGGGGAAGCAUGUCUGGGUCUUUCCCCACUUCCCUUGAGGGACCAGAACACAAGUGUCCCUCCCGCCUCUCCCUCUAUGGGAAAAAAAAAAGAAGUAUUUUUUUGCAUCUAAAAGAAGGUGGCUUGGGGAUUAGGCAAAAUCGGAAAUUGCAAUCACUGGGGUUAAUUGCUCUAGCAGCUAAUAACAGGGUAGUAUCGAUACAGGGCCAAAGGAGUGAAAAAUCCAGUCCAGUCACCGAAUACAGAUCAUCAUCAAUCAUAUUUAUUGAGCGCUUACUGUGUGCAGAGCACUGUACUAAGCGCUAAGAUCCCACCCACCAGUUCUCUCCCACUCCCUGAAUCAGAAUCCGGGUCCUGAGGCCUUUCCCAAUGACGGCUCCGCCCCGGCCCCUGACCCGGAGGUCCGGCUUUUGAGGAGGGGUCUUCGGGGUUUGCUCCCUGAGUAGGCUGGUCCCCGGGGAGCCCCUGGGUUGGGCACACAGGCUGACCUUGGGUAUUUGUGGGCUGGGCCCCAGACAGAGCCCUCAGUUUGCACAGUGUAGAAGUGACAGAGGCCGUAGAGGGCUGCUGAACAUUCAGGAUCUGAACUCCCUGCAGCUUACCUACCCCACCACUGCUUGUCUCAUUGGUUCCCCGGAUGCGGGGCUUGGUUUAUAAACCGACGGGGCUCAGGUCUGCCUACCUUUCCCGGAUGGUUCUUCCCCUCUCUGGAACACUGGGAACAUUGGGAAAAGGUGGUAGGUGUGGAGGUGUGUGCGUUCAUCCCAGCGACGACACGGAAUCUAAGAAACAGUCACUCAGACACUCCUGCUCCUGGCAGAAACUAACAAACAGGGUGAGCACAGCAGAUACCAGGGUGGAGGGGUGGGGGGAGGUGGCGGCAGGGGCUUACUACCCCCGGGACCCCUCAGACAACGGAGGUGAAUGAGCUCCUCCUUCUCUGCACACUGCUAGGGCAAACAUUUCUCCCACCCCCAACAAGUUUACAGGACCCGAGUGGGUGGGGGAGAAUUUUCUAGCCACAAACCUCCCCUAUCCCUCUGGGAAUUUCUGACUCUGGACAGGGUUGUCCCUCUCUUCAGAGAGUUGGCUGGAGGAGCACCAGGCUGUCCUUUGCUAACUCACUGAUCCCAGCUCCAACCCGUGGUUACUCUAUGACCUUGGGCAAGUCACUUAACUUGUCUGUGUCUCAGUUACCUCAUCUGUAAAAUGGGAGUUGAGAUU